AUGAGCUGCCUCACCCCGUCGCCAGUCGCGGCCCCGCCGCGUCGCCCCCGCCUCGUCGCGACGCCCUGCGGGACCCGCGAGGCCUGUGCGUCGCGACGCCCCUGCGGGACCCGCGUGGCGUCACCCCUCCCCGCCGCGGCGCCCUGCCCUAACCUGCGCCUUGGAGCAGCCGCCACUGCAGCAGCCACCCCUGGAGCAGCCGCCACUGCAGCAGCCGCCCCUAGAGAAGCCGCCCCUGAAGCAGCCGCCCCUGGAGCAGCCGCCCCUGAAGCAGCCGCCCCUGGAGUAGCCGCCACUGCAGCAGCCGCCCCUGGAGCAGCCACCCCUGGAGCAGCCGCCCCUGGAGCAGCCGCCCCUGCAGCAGCCGCCCCUGGAGCAGCCGCCACUGCAGCACCCGCCCCUGGAGCAGCCGCCCCUGCAGCAGCCGCCCCUGGAGCAGCUGCCACUGCAGCAGCCGCCCCUGGAGCAGCCUCCCCUGCAGCAUCCGCCCCUGGAGCAGCCGCCCCCGAAGCAGCCGCCCCAGGAGCAGCCGCCACUGCAGCAGCCGCCCCUAGAGGAGCCACCCCUGCAGUAGCCGCCCCCGCCCCUAGAGCAGCCGCCCCUGCAGCAGCCGACCCUGGAGGAGCUGCCCCUGUAGCAGCCGCCCCUGGAGCAGCCACCCCUGCAGCAGCCGCCCCUGGAGCAGCCGCCCCUGCAGCAGCCGCCCCUGGAGCAGCCGCAACUGCAGCAGCCGCCUCUAGAGCAGCCACCCCUGGAGCAGCCACCCCUACAGCAGCCGCCCCUGGAGCAGCCGCCCCUACAACUACCGCCCCUGGAGUAGCCGCCCCUGCAGUUGCCGCGGGGCCCUCGCCCUACAAUGGUAGCGGCCUCGCCGUUGCCGCCGUCGUCCGCCUGCCCUUCUCACCACUGGUGAGCACUGCCCUGCCUGUACUGCUGUUACUGCUGCUCUUGCUGCUACUGCUCAUUCUACUACUACUGCUGCUCCUAGCGUGGCCAGAUGCAGCUCCAGCGCCGUCCGCGUGA